GACAUUGAUCUGCAAGCAUGCCGACAUCUUUCCGGACGACCUACUGCCAGGAUUGUUACCCAAGCGAGACCACGACCAUAAAAUCCAGUUGGAGCCCGGUGCGCAACCGACGGUUCGGACACAGUGGAGGCUGACUCAGCCAGAGCUGGAUGAACUUCGACGCCAGCUGGAUUACCUGCUCGAGAAAGGACUCACCCGACCAUCCACUUCGCCAUACGGUGCCCAAGUGCUCUUCACACCGAAACAGGACGGAAGCCUGCGCAUGUGCAUCGACUACCGAGCUCUCAACAAGCAGACCAUCAAGAACAAAUAUCCGAUACCACGAAUCGAUGACCUGCUUGACCAGCUUCGGGGAGCUACGGUAUUUUCAAAACUAGAUCUACGGUCCGGAUACUGGCAGAUAAGAAUGGCGGACGAUUCCGUUCACAAAACUGCCUUUCGAACUCGAUACGGAUCGUACGAGUAUUUGGUCAUGUCGUUCGGACUCACCAACGCACCUGCAACAUUCCAAGCAGAGUUGAAUCAUAUCCUACGCCCACUGUUGGACGAAUGCGUGGUGGUGUACCUCGACGACAUCCUCAUCUACUCGCGCGACAUGCAACAACACGUCGAGCACCUACGACGCGUCUUCGAAAUUCUUCGACGAGAACGCUUCUACGUCAAACUAUCCAAGAGCGACUUCGCCCUCGAGAAGGUCCAAUUCCUCGGACAUAUCGUAAGCGCUCCAGGAGUUCACGUCGACCCCAAGAAAAUCAAAGUCGUGCGUACGUGGAAGACACCCGAGAACGUAAAGGAGUUACAGCAGUUCCUUGGCUUCGCUAACUACUAUAACAGGUUCGUGCCACAAUACGCGAAGAUCGCCACGCCACUCACGAAUCUGUUGAAGAAGAACACGCCCUAUAACUGGGAACCAAGACAUCAAGAAGUCGUGGAGCAGCUGAAACAAGCACUCACGUCUGCACCCGUACUCAUCUUGCCAGACCCCGAACGCGACUACGUCAUUGAAGCUGACGCCAGUGACCAGGCAGUGGGAGCAGUCUUGAUGCAAGACCAGGGGAAUGGCCUGCAACCAAUUGCCUACCUCAGCAAAAAAUUACAUGGAGCGGAACUCAACUACCCGAUACACGACAAGGAGACCCUUGGUAUCAUCAUCGCUUUCAAAACGUGGAGAUGUUAUCUCGAAGGGCGCAAGACGACAGUCUACACCGACCAUUGUAGCCUAAAAUAUUUGAAGACGCAACCAAGCCUCUCCAGGCGGCAGGUCCGGUGGAUUGACUUCCUCGAGACACACUUCUACUACGAUAUCGUGUACAAGCCCGUCCACAAAAACAAAGCAGACGCCCUUAGCCGGCCCGCACACGCUCUAGCCCUUUGAGAAUCAUAAGUUUUCAUCCUUAUA